CUUGGAUUCGUUUUUUGACAGCUAAACGCGAAUCCAAAAUGGAGUCUCCGCAGUUCUGUUUCUAGAGUUUUUCUAGUUCUUCCCAUGGAAGCGCGGAAAUGUUUUAAAAAACUUUAAAAUGAAAUUUGAUAUGUUAUUUAGUGUUGUAAAUGCAUAAAAAAGGGGCAGAAAGUGAAAAUUCAUGAACUUAAAAAAUAAGUUCUUCCAACUAACAUUCCUAGCAGUUCUUGGUUUCAAGUUUAUUGAAAAUGAAAAAGUUUUCUCUGAUCGUGGCCGUGUGUGAAAACGGUGGUAUUGGUUACAAAGGAGAUCUGCCUUGGAAGCUAAAGCAAGAAUUGAAGUAUUUUUCUAGAACAACGAAAAAAUUAAACAAUCCCACUAAACGCAAUGCAAUUAUUAUGGGCCGUAAAACCUACUUCGGUGUUCCAGAAACGAAACGGCCUUUGCCGGAAAGACUUAACAUUGUGUUGACUCGUGAUCCGAGCUCGAAUAUUUAUCCUAACGAUGUAGUGGUUUGUAAAAGUUUGCAAGAGGCAUUGAAUAAACUGGAGGAUAUCCCAUUGGUUGACGAGAUCGAAAACGUAUGGAUUGUUGGUGGCACUGCUGUAUACAAAGAAGCAAUGCAAUCGACUAGAUGUCAUCGCAUUUACCUCACAGAAAUACAGACGGCUUUUGAAUGUGAUGCGUUUUUUCCGGAAAUAACAAAUGAUUUUAAAUUGGUAGAAAAUGAUGCCGAUAUACCGCAAGAUGUUCAAGAAGAAAACGGAAUUAAAUAUCGGUACAAAAUCUACGAGAAAGUUUCAAAUUGACAUUCCAAGCUAGUGAGCCUCAAUGCAAGAAAAGCCUGCUCCUACAUAUUAGAGAAAAUGCAAAUUAACGCUUUUUGUGAAAAGGGCGAUACUUACAAAUGUAAUCAUAGGGCAUUUUUAAUACAUGCGAAUGAGGGCUCCAAAACGCAGCAAAUUAACCUAAAAAUUUGGAUUCUAAGAUAUUGCUUUCUUGAACUACAGCAAAAAAUACAACGGGCGAAACUGUAUUUUAGCUUGUUUAUUUAAAGUUUCGCCCUCCACGCUCCAUGCAAAUAAUCGGCGAUACUAUGCUACCAGUUUAGAGGCGAAACUAUAUUUUUGCGCAUUUUUUUGCGCACCAGCUGUAAAUAGUAACAAUGAUCGCUAUUGAAAAAAUCUGGACGAAAUCGGUGGUGUAAAACGGUAGUUAUUGCAAAAAAAAUGUAAGGACAAUACUUCAAUGGUGGGACCGAAAAAGUAAACGAUCGCCAAAGGGGCGAUACUAUCAUUAUGUCGAUUUAAAUAGCAAAAAUAAAUUUUAAUUCAAUAAUUUUUGAA